GUUACGUCCCAACCUGUCGUCCCUUCAAGAUUUCCACUGUGGAGAAGUUUAAAGUGUUUCAACAUUAAAAUUCGAAGCAAAAUAGCUCGAAAAUAAACGCUUCUGCCUGGUGGAUAUGAAGAAUAGAUAGCAAGGAAGGGAACAUUGCAAGUAGGGUGACAUUUGUUGCUCGUAACAGCUGUUUUUUGGCCAAUAACCUAUCGUCAUGAGUUCACGUGACUACUGGGGUCCUGGACCCCCUCCCAGAAGAGCAGUACCUGCAUGGGAUCAGUAUCAUGACAUGCCUACUUCGCAUUAUGAAGAGCCACCAAGACCACCUCCUGAUAAUUAUUAUGAAGUUCCACCCCCACCAGGGCCACCACAGUUCUAUGAGGAUGAUUCAUGGCAUCGUGAUGCAAGACCUCAUUACUUACCUUCACCUCCAAUAAAGAGACCACCACUCAGAGGGAGCUUUAGGGGAGGAAGAGGAAGAGGAGGAGGAAGAGGAAGAGGAGGAGGAAGAGGAAGAGGAAGAGGGGAAGGUAGUGCAGGAAGGGGACAAAGUAAUGGUUCAAAUCCAUCAGCUAGGAAUGACACUGGGUUGAAAAAUAAUGCCUCCACAGGGGUUCAUAACUCUUCUAGUGGUACACCAGUAUGGAUGACCCAAUCUAGCAAUCAAGAUAAAACAAGCGUCUCCAACUCCUCUUCAGACAACAAACCAGCAUGGCUAACAAGCACCUCCAACUCCUCUCCAGAGAAAAAGCCUGCAUCACUUACUCAGUCACCAUCACAAGCAAACACUAACACCACUUUAAAGUCUACACCAGCUUGGUUGAACCAACCAGGAACUGAGUCUAACAGUAAUACCACUAAUGCUAGCGGGAAUAUGCCUGCCUGGCUUUGUGCCCCUUCAGCUGACAACAAAAGUGUUACUACAAGUUCUUCACCUAUGAUGCCCACAUGGCUACAAUCAAACAAUAUUAACAACCAAGCUAUUACAACAACAAGCCAAGUUACUGCUGUCACCCCAACAGAUACAACACGCUCACAAUCACCACCACCACCACCACCACCUUCUUAUCCACCACCAAAAAAUCAACCCAAGAUUCAUCCUGUGCCAAGUCAUUCAACUUCUACACAAGUACUCCCAAUGCCUACUUGUGGACCUCAGGUGACCAAGCAAAAGAAUAAAGCCAAAAGUAAAGCAUUGGCUGAAGUGAAAGUUGCAGCACCAGGAGAAGCCAAUUUUAUCUCAUUCAAAAACAGUUUACAAGAAUACAGCCAGAAGAAAGGAUUUCACGUUCCAGUUUAUCACACUUUUAAGAACAGCUAUGGCCAAUCAGCAAAAGUAGAGGCUGCACAGAAGACAUUCCAAAGCAGUGGAGUUCAAAAGGAUAAAAAAGAAGCAGAGCAAAAUGCUGCUUAUGAGGCUCUUAAAGCUCUUGGUCUGCUGGCUGCAACAGUGCCCUUUACUAGUACCAGUAGUGUCAAACCAGGCAUAAAAAGACCACCACAGCCAACACCUCAAACAGUAGCCAAGAAACUCAAAGGAGAAAUCCCAACUUUCAACAACUCCACCAACUACAAAUGCCAGUUAAAUGAAUUUUGUCAGAAGUUUCACCUCCCAGUACCCACGUAUGAGACAGCGCAUGAUAAUAAUGGCUUCAUGACUACAUUGGUGUACAACAAAAAGGUUUAUCUAUCAACCAGUCCACAGUCAACCAAAAAAGCAGCUGAACAGAAUGUGGCACAGUUGGUGCUCAGUAAAGUCAACCAGGCGCCUCCUCCAAUGGAUCAAAACCAGCAAUUGAUUCUACAGAAUUUUGUAGCUGCAUCAUCUGCAAAACCUGAGCCAACUACUAUCGCAAGUACUACUGCAAGUACCACUGCAAGUACUACUGCGACUACACCAGAGCCUCCCAAACCAGAAUCAAUAGCAGUGAGCUCAGUACAAGAUCUUACCGCCAAGAACAUCACCCCAAUGAUUUCUUACAAGAACAAACUACAAGAAGUAUGCCACAAGAAAAAGACAUUCCUACCUGUCUAUGAUACCAUCAAAGAUGGCCAUGUAUAUAACUGUAAAGUAGCUAUUGACGGAAAAGUUUUUAAUGCAACGGGAUGCAAGACGAAAAAGGGGGCGGAACAGAGCGCUGCUCGUGUUGCUCUGCAGGCUUUAGGCCUUAUAGAUUAGAAAUAGUAGGAUUGAGCUGGUUUGAACACUUUAUAGUUUAUAGACUUUGUAAUUGACGUUCGGUUUUAAAUUCUGGAUCAUUAAAAUGAAAUAUCACGAAAACGA